AUUUAAACCGACGCACUACCCAGACGCCGUUGGCUCUAAUAUAUAUGUGUAUAUAUGUCUAUAUAUAUACAUCUCUAGUUGCUGUCAAAACACGCGCUAAACCCUGCUGAAGUAAUUUGAAAUAAAUGAAUUUAUCGCUCAAAUAUUUUUAUCCCUUUAAAAUUAUUACAAUGUUAAACUUAUUGUGCUUCUAAAACUCAACCAAAACUGUUUCUUGGAAAAAUUAAAUAAUGGUGUUGAAGGUUUGAAUGUGUAGUAAAAAUUUUUGGUGAUUUUCCUGAAUUUUUUUUUAAGUGGAUUGUAAUGUGAAAUAUUUUUGUGUAAAAUAAACGAACCUUUCGAACUCAACCCGAAUGAUGUGGCAGUCAGAAUUUAGCUGUCUUGUAGCGGUGACAAUUUUCUUCGCUAAUACAGGUUUGCUAUUGGUAAACGGCGGCAUGGCCUCUUCAGGCUCGGGCUUCAACUCCCUUCCAGACAGCGAGACCCUUCCUCCACUGCCUAUGGGACCACCUGUAUUUCCACAAAAUCGCUUCGAGCCCUAUUUCGAUGCAAUGACUCCAAGCAAUGUAACAGCCCUUGUUGGGAAAUCAGCUUAUCUCAGUUGCCGAGUUAGAAAUUUAGGGAAUAAAACGGUACAUGGUUCUAUGGCAGCCAAACACAUCAGUAAUACUACUCUAGCAUCUUUCUCGUGCAGCACGUGUAAAAAUCAGGUAUCCUGGAUAAGACACAGAGAUAUUCACAUUCUGACAGUCGGCAGCUACACUUAUACAAGUGAUCAACGAUUUCAAGCCAAUCAUCAUCCAGAGACUGACGAUUGGACACUUCAAAUCAAAUGGGCACAAAAAAGAGAUGCAGGCACCUACGAAUGUCAGAUCAGCACUCAACCAGUCAAAAGUUAUUUUGUUAAUCUGAAUGUUGUCGUUCCCACUGCUCAAAUUAUGGGAGGACCAGAUUUACAUGUGGACAGAGGUAGCACCAUUAACUUGACGUGCUCCAUAAGAUUUAGUCCUGAACCACCAGCGUAUAUCUUCUGGUAUCAUCAUGAUGAUGUCAUAAGCUACGAUUCAAGCCGUGGUGGUGUAAGUGUUAUAACCGAAAAGGGGGACGUCACAACAAGUUUCCUGCUGAUCCAGCAUGCCGACAUUUCAGACUCUGGAAAAUAUUCAUGUAGUCCUUCGAACGCAGAUGUCGCGAGCGUUAGAGUACACGUUCUGAACGGUGAGAGACCGGCCGCAAUGCAAACAGGCUCCGCAGGAUUGUCUAACAGUUCGUUCAAUAUUUUAGCACUUAUUAUAAUUUCCUACUUUUACACAUUUUGUUACUUCACCAACUUCGAUCCAAAACUAGUAAGUUCCAGGUAG